GUGAUCAUCUGAUGUCCAUGUUCGACAGCAAGCCUGCUCUAUUGAAGCAAAUGCUUCAGGAUUUGAAGGGGCGAUUGGAACGCUUGGUGCCUGCAAUGGUCUUCGAGCAGAGAGCAGCAGCAACAACUGUUCCUGCGGAUUGUGGAGAUGGCAACACAGGGGAGGUGAUUUUGCAGCCUUGGCACUUGCCUUUCUCACCAGAGUGCUCAGUGAAGGGUCGGAGCAAGAUGAUCUUCGUUCUUCGCUUGUACAAGGAGUUUUGUGAGCGUCCAUUCGAUAGCAUAUCAAACCCAAUCCAGGUGUCCUUCAUGGGGUUGAUGCCAGGAGGGGUGCUUCCUGAUUUCUCCUUGAAGGUGACCGUUGGCUACACAAAGUGUUUGGCCUUGAUGCUUCUGCUGUACUCAGCCAUCAAUUCCAAUCUCUCUGAUGAAGAAAUCAUCUUGGUCACACCAUGGCUCAGAGCUUUGUAUGGUAUCCGGUGCACCUUUCGAGAUCAUCAAACCAUGAAGGAAUGUCGAUUCUCUGCUCUUGCAGAGAAGAUGUCAGAGGCUUCAAGGCCCCGUCCAGACUGCAUCCAGAUCGCACGGGCAUUCCAUGCAACUUUGGCCGACUCAGGUACAAGUUGGGAAGAAGGAUGCAAGACUAUCAUGGCCGAGUUCAAUGAGCGAAGUGGUCUUGAGACAAAGAGGCUCUCAGAGCUGGAGAUGAACAUCAUUGCCCUUUUCUGCACAUUAGAUCCGGAAACACAAUCGCUCAUCGAGUACCAUUGGUCGAACUACAGUGCCAAGAACAGUGGUUUGCCAUAUCGAACCCUGGGGACCGAGUUGCUGAGGGGAGGGCUCAAGCCCCGUGUUGCUUCACCACUGUGGACAGAGAUCUUGACACCUGACAACAACAAGAGACAUUUCUAUGUGGCCCGCCGGGUGAGGUAUUUCCUGCAUCGCAUAGCAGAUGCCCAGCGCCUCAAGAAGAGAGUGAAUUUGCAUACUGGUGCGAAUGCUCUGAGGGAUCCCAAGGAUGAAGAGUGUGCUUAUGCCAUGUCUUGCCUGUUCUCCCACUUUCUGAAUGGAUGGAGGCAAGUGCUGACAGCAGACCAAGUUGACACCCUUGAGGCAAAAUUCCUGCGAGGCUACCUGGAUACAGAGUUGAAUGAAAAGUAUCGGGUCCAGGCUCCAGAUCUUUGCGCUGGAGACUUCCGCUUCUUGCAGGAUUUUGGUGUGCAAGGUGCUGUCACCAUCUCAGUGAGUGAGAACGAGGCUGCUUUGAAGCUCCAAAAGGCUGAGCUGGAUAUGCAGCUGGCCAAGCUGGCCAAGGAGCAAAAGAAGUUCAGCACCUAUAUGACUGCCAUGAAAGACUUUCAGAGCCUUGGGAUGGCCAUGAAGGCACAUCAGGCUGAUCGGCAGAAGGAGACCCAGCGAAAGAAUGUGACCUCAUAUCAGGAGAGUCGGUUCCCUUUGCGGGACCUGAGUGAAGUUAGUCAUGUGGCAACGUUCGUAGAGAGUGCUGUGAACAAGUAUCAGAAUGAAAACUCCUUGGGUGGCCCGGUCUUCAAGGUGUACUACAUGAACACUCAAGGCCUUGGAUAUGAUGCAUUGUUGGAAACAACAGCUGCCAUCAAGGCCUUGUCAGGUCAUGUUGCGGCUGAGCCUGCAAGGACAUGCAUGUUGAUCUCUGCCCCAACAGUUGGAAGCUUUGGCAAUGAGUAUUCAGAGGGCGAUGCGUUGGAGACUGCUGGCAAGAUACUUCAGAUCCUGAAAGAUCCAGAUCAAAGGUUGAUUGUGAAGGAGAUCACACAGUGCUUCGACCAGUCCACAAUCCCUGCUCAGUCCAAGCGACCAGCUUGCCACAAGUGGUAUUUGGCCAUCAGUGACCAAUGCGAUACUGGUUUGGCUACCCAUGAACCAUUGUCGCUAUUUGCCCGCACUUUCAUCUGGAAGCGUCAGAUGGUGCCAUGCAAGGGAGAUAGGAUGAUUCCAAUGCUGCCUGUGAAGUCCUACGUUGAUCCGAAGCGUGAUUUCUCCACAGCUGUGGUGGAUGUCUUUGGCUAUGACCACUCAUGUGCAGAGGCAGUCAUGAGGAAAUCUGCAGAGGCACCACACUACAUGUAUGUGGGCACUGUCUUUGCUAGCAUGAAUACCAGGGACGACUCCAGACAAAGGGGCAAUGCGGCCAAUGACCAUCGGCAGGAGAACAUCAAGAUUGCAAAGUGGAUGAUCAAUGCUAUCAAGCGUCGCAUCCAAAACUUGGCGCAGGAAGGUGUGAUUGUGGUACCAGGCUGGGAGUCCAUCACUGCAUAUGAAGAGUCAAGGGCCACGCCUUCAAUCUCAGAGCGUGAUUUCCAGCUGACCUUUCCAUCCGCAAAUGGGACCUUGGCUCUUCGGGCGGAUGUCCUUACGGAAAUGGCUGAGAAAUUUAGCAAUGAGGAUGUGAGAAAGGAAUGGGACAUGGUGGUCGAGCAGCACAACCAAGCCUUCAAUCAGAGUGGAAAAGCAUAUGAAGGUGAAACUAUGAUGGCCGUUGAUGACAAGAAUGAUGGUGGUGCACACCAAGCCAAGCGCAAACUCAGUUCCAUCUCUGAGGACUUGGAGUCCUUGAAGAAGAAGCAAAAGUGCUGUGUGAUUCCUCAGAGUGCAGGUGGCAACUUGAUCAUUGGAGCAAAUGGCAUGGUCUGGUUCCAGGCUGGACAAGAGAAGGACGCAGUACUGUCAUCCCAGGGCCCUCCCUUGAAGCCCAAAAAAGCAAUGGAAGACUCCAAGAAUGCUUCUUUCAAGGUCGGCUUCGAAGAUGAUGGUGUGAAAGCGUUCAUCCGGAAGUCCGAUGAUGAGUCCAGUGGAAAGACCUUGAUUUCUCUUCGAGCAUUCCUCCAGUCACUGGAGCAGGAGAACAAGGACAUCACCCAGCUGGACAUUGCGUGCCACUCUGUGGAGCCAGGCAACCAGGUGGAUUCAGCAGGUGAUUUGGUGGCUCGCACCUACACAGUAGAGCCAUCCCUGUGUGUGUUUACACCACUUGCAACACCACGGAAAAUGGGGUCUUCAAAGCCACCUGGCUUUGAAGAUGCAGGAUCGUUCAUCAAGAAAUUUCCAGAAGGCUCUUUGAUCCAGAUGAUGCAAAGGUGGGUCAUGGCAGUAUCAGAACAGGGCUGGUCGAUGACACCGGAGAAGCCAGGUAUAGUGCCCACCAGCAACCUCAUCAUUGAAGCUGGGAAGAUCGCAGAGCUG